GUCGACGAGGGUGAUUGUAGCUCCAGAAAUCAGUACACAGCAUUCAGUGCCGUACGAUAUACUCUAAGCCACGUGGACUUCAAGCCAAGCGGACAGCAGGCUAAACUGCAAGAUGCGCUCAUUUACCAAUCAGCCUCAAGUCACCGCCUCGAAGUCAUCAAGCUUGGCUGCCCCCUCAAACGAUCAAGCCCCGACCAGCAACGGCGGCAGCGGCGGAAACAUCCAAGUUCCAGUCCCGACCGCACCAGGUUCUUCGUUCCAUCGACUCAACCGCCGACUAACUGCUGAGAGACCAGACUCUGCGCAAUUCACUGCGCUUUCCUCACCUUGGGAUCACAUUGCAGACCGAUACUGCGGACUGGAAGGAGAGGGAAGGGUGAGCGAGGUGGCGAAGGAUGUGGCGGGUGGUGAUGAGGAAGGGGAUAAGAUGAUGUUGCUGCUCAUGGAGUUGGUGAGUGGUGGGAUUGGGGGUUUUGACUCGCAGAGAUAUGCCAAGGGGAGAAUGCAGUUGGCGAGAAAAGAGAAGAGGAAGGAGGGCAGCGAUGCAUCGAUGGUGUCAGUAAACGCAAUUUGGGACACUCAGUCAUCAGACGAAGGACACCAGGCCAAAAAGAUACUGUAG